CUCUAGACCUGAUCAGUGCCACAGGUAGAUACAUGGCGUAUUAUAGGUGCCCGUUCACAUGCUGUCUCAUGAUAAUCAGUUCUACGAUCCAUGAGCGAGACCAUCGUAUAUAUUUAGAAAGGGUAGCUACUUCGUACUGAUUCGUGGCUUCUAAAUGUGUUGUAGAGUCGUAAAGCUGAAUGGCGUGCUACACGCGUUCAGUUGCGCAUCCCUGCGAGAUCGUCACUUUUAGCCGCGUACGGCACCGAGCCAACAGCGGACCCAGCCCACCGAAUCUUUCCAAGAGCAAAUAGCGGUAAAAUGCUGUGCAAUUUACCCAGAUUGCAACGGCCAUAACAGAUGCUGUAUUCGAUACUACUUAGGAUCUGAAGUCCAAAAGUUGUGUUAUGUCUGCCACCGCAUCGUCCAAUGGUGGGCGUUCUCCGUCUGGGUCAAGCCCAAGCAAGCAUGGUGGCGUAUUUGAGAGCUCGGCACAUCAUGAACUUGAAAUUUCUGGUGAACAAAGACCCCUCUUGGGCCCUCAAAAAUCUACCACGACACAAGACAGGGACGAUCUGAGGGAUGAAGGAGAAGCAGAACAAGGAAUGAUACGGCAACAGCAAAAGGCAGAGCCGCCAGUAACAUGGAUGUCUCUACCGAACAAAGGCCAAUUGGCCAUGAUCGUCUUUGCGCGACUUGCAGAGCCCCUAGCAGCAAGAUCUUUGAGCUCAUAUCUCUUCUACCAACUGCGAUGGUUUGAUGCAUCGUUGCCCGACUCAGCUAUCGCUAACCAAGCUGGACUUCUGACUGCGGCUUUCUCUGCGGCGCAAUGCGUGACAGCAAUGUUUUGGGGUCAUGCCGCUGAUAAUCCGCUGUUUGGCAGGAAACGGGUCCUACUCAUCGGUUUGCUCGGCACUUGUAUUUCGGCAUUGGGUAUGGGAUUCGCAAGAUCGUACGCGACAGCGAUCUUCUUUCGAUGCGUGCAGGGCGCAUUGAAUGGAAACAUUGGAGUUCUGCGAACUAUGGUGUCGGAGAUCAUCGUGGACAAAAGAUAUCAAUCGCGAGCAUUCUUACUGUUGCCUAUGUGUUUCAAUGUCGGCGUCAUCAUUGGCCCCCUCAUUGGCGGUCUCCUUGCGGACCCGGUGAUAUCUUUACCAAGUGUAUUUGGUCCAGGCUCAGUAUUCGGCGGACACGAUGGAGUGGGUUGGAUGCGAGACUAUCCGUAUGCGCUGCCAAACCUAGUGUGUGCUCUUCUGCUGAGCAUAGCUGUCGUGGGUGUGAUUUUGGGACUCGAUGAAACCCAUCCAAUGCUGCGACACAAACAUGAUCGCGGCCGAGAACUGGGGAGCCUGCUUGCUCGCAGCAUCUUUCGAAGGCGCUCCGCAAAGGGCCCAGACAACCAUCCGUAUACAGCUCUUGCGGAUGAUGCGAGGAACGAUGGCCACGAGGAUGAACAUCCUUCAUCCCUGGUCGAUGUUGAAGACGACGUCGAAGAGACACGGCGGCAGCCCAAGCCGACCGAGAACGAAAAAGCUCCUCUCCGCCAACUAUGCAACAGAAAUGUGAUCCUAACGCUACUUCAGCACCACGUGCAAACCCUUCACGUAUCCUCCUUCAACAUCCUUCUCUUCACUAUGUUGCCAACACCACGAUCAUCAAACGAGAAUGCCCACCUACCAUUCCUGUUCUCAGGCGGACUAGGUCUGUCGACGCGUGAGCUAGGCUUCGCCAACACCAUCAUCGGGUGUGUUGGUAUUCCGCUGCAAAUCCUGCUCUUCCCGUACUUGAGCGCGAAGCUGGGUAUGCGCAACUCGUAUCGACUCUUCUUGCCUUUCAGCGCAAUAGCAUACUUCGCGCUGCCGUAUUUGGUUGUGUUGCCUGACAAAGCUGCAAUCCUCUGGCCCUUUUUGGCAUCAGAUCUGAUCUCACAUGUCCUUGCUCGGGUAUUUGUUGGUCCUGCGACGAUCAUAUUGGUGAACGAAUGCGCUCCACACCCGACGCUCUUGGGCACUGUGCAUGGUGUGGCCCAGAGUGCUAGUAGUGCGGCGCGGAUGCUGGGGCCUACAAUUGCCGGAUUGUUGCUGGGUUGGGGAUUGAAGAAUAAUUGUGUGGGCUUACCAUUUUGGGUCAUCACUGCGCUAGCACUGGUGAACUGGGUCUUGGUGCUAUGGGUCAAGGAAGUGCGGGUGUCAAGGUGAGUGAAUGGGCGAGCCACUCUCUGUUGAGUCCUAACUACGAGACUUCUGAUUUCUGCCCCCAUCGAUUGACUGUGCUCUGAUGGAGGUGGGUACAGCUAAGGUUAGUUGUUAGCCUAGAUCGCGUUCGGGUAUUGGAAUCAGAAGCGGUAGAUGUUUAAAACCUGCAUAGAGUGGAGAACAUAUUGAGAAAGAGAUAGAGGAAGAAAGAAAACCAGCAUUUUCUCUUCCGAGAUCAAGGAAGGAUAUGUACGGAGUACUGAAGAAAGAAUCAU